UUAAAAUCCUAUCGAUUAUUUUCUUUCUCCCAACAACACUGUUCUCUACACUCCCUAUCCAAACUUGAACUCCUGAACCAACCUCAACAGCUGGAGUUCAAUUCAGCUGGCCAAAGAUUCAAUGGCGUCAACACUCUUCACUUCUCCAUCACUGUGUUCUUCUUCUUCUUCUUCCAUGUUUUCCACACCUAUCAAAUUCUCCUUAAACCCAAACCCCAUUUCUCUCCAUUUCCUUGAAAACAAAAAGCCCCUCCCCACUCUUUCUCCUCCUAUCACCCCAUCUCGAAGGCGCUUCCAUGUCGUCGCUAUGGCUCCUCCGAAACCCGGUGGAAAAGCCAAGAAAGUUGUUGGUAUUAUUAAGCUUGCACUUGAAGCUGGAAAGGCUACACCUGCUCCUCCAGUUGGACCAGCUCUUGGUUCUAAGGGUGUGAACAUUAUGGCUUUCUGUAAGGAUUACAAUGCCAGAACAGCUGAUAAACCUGGUUAUGUCAUUCCUGUUGAAAUCACUGUCUAUGAUGAUAAAAGCUUCACCUUCAUCUUGAAGACCCCGCCUGCUUCGGUUCUUCUACUUAAGGCCGCCGGGGUGGAGAAGGGUUCAAAAGACCCCAAGAUGCAAAAAGUAGGGAAGGUCACAAUUGAUCAAGUGCGGACAAUUGCCACUGAAAAGCUGCCAGACUUGAAUUGCUCUACUCUCGAAUCUGCGAUGAGAAUUAUAGCAGGCACUGCGGCAAAUAUGGGAAUUGAUGUUGAUCCUCCUGUCCUUGAACCCAAAAUCAAGGAAGCUGCAUUCUGAAUUUUCUUUUUGCUGUGCCCUAAGAUAGUCCUUGCUUUCUAUGUUGUGUACAAGAUCACUCUGGACAUUUCAUUGUGCCCUGUUGUCUUCUAAAACAGUUAGGAGAACAGUAGCUUUUAAUUAUUUGAUAUUACUUGAAUGAUAUCUUGUAUACAUGGUUUUCACUUUGGUAUGUCAUCAUAAAGUUGCCACA